UUACUCUGCAGAUAAAAACAGAAUGGGAUGUGACUUCAUCGAGCAGCGUCAGAUACUAAUUCGUGCUCUCAGUGUUUAAGGUUCCAGUAGCAGCUGGUGCAAAGAUGUGACUGUCAUCUGGGCCCUCAUGAUUGACUAUCCCUAGAUGCCUGUAUAUGAGGCCUUCUGCAUAACAAAUUCCCAUCUCCUUUGUGGAUAAGUAAAGUUACUGGAUUUGCAAAAGAUUUAAGACAUCAAAAAUGUCAGAGACCCGGCUGAAAACUAAAGUGGACAGAGCGUUUGCAGUCAGGGCCCCGAGGCUCUGGAACAGCCUGCCUGAGGGAAUCAGGUCAGCCGACUGGUGAGGCCUUCGUCACUCUGGCCACCACAGACUCAUACUGCAUGGGAGCUACAGUGGUGGCUAGAAGUUUACAGCGUCACGGGACAACUCGCAGCAUCGUCGUCAUGGUUACACCAAACGUCUCAGAACAGUCAAGGCUUUCUCUUAAGAAUGUGUUUGAUGAGGUCAUCAUGGUGGAUGUGAUGGACAGUGAGGACCAUCUCCACCUGUCCAUGCUGGGACGACCUGAGCUUGGCAUCACCUUCACCAAGAUCCACUGCUGGACUCUGACCCAGUACAGCAAAUGUGUCUUCCUGGAUGCUGACACACUUGUUCUGUGUAACGUGGACGAGCUGUUUGAGAGAGACGAGCUGUCAGCAGCUCCUGAUCCCGGCUGGCCCGACUGCUUCAACUCUGGCGUGUUUGUCUUCAUGCCAUCCCUCCACACCCACACCAGCCUCCUGGAUCAUGCCCUGCAGCAUGGCAGCUUUGAUGGAGGGGACCAGGGCCUGUUGAACUCUUUCUUCAGCAGCUGGCCAGUGGAAGACAUCAGUAAACACCUGCCAUUUGUCUACAACCUCAGUGCCAGCUCCGUCUACAGCUACCUCCCUGCUUUCCAACAGUUUGGCCACAAUGCAAAGAUCGUCCAUUUCGUAGGAGCAUUGAAACCCUGGAGCUCCAGCAGCCAGAGGGAUGACAGCCGCUCACACACCAUGGAACAGUUUGUGUCUCUGUGGUGGAAGGAAUACCUCAGUUUUACAACAUCAUCUCUACCAGAGACACCGUCCAGUCAAGACUGGGAGAAACCACAACCGAUCCAAGAACAAGAUGCCAAGAUGCCAUUUAGAGAAACCUUGGACAGCUCUGAUUCACUGCUCGCACAUUUUUCACCCCCUUCUAAGAGGCUUCAUUCACCAUCCGAACCAAAGACGUGUUCCCACACAGAUAACACACCUUUGGAGGAAGAUUCAAGAACAUCAUCUGAGAGGACAGAGAUCCAGGACCCACCUUUUGAAGAAGAGGGCAGCGAUGGCGCCUCAGACACUGCUACACAUCCUAGGGCUGCAGACACAGAGACAGAGAGGCUGGAGCAUCGCAGGCUGUGGGAGGCCGGGCAGGCUGACUACCUGGGCAGAGACGCCUUCCAAAACAUCCAGAGGAUGCUGGACCGCUUCCUGGAUUAACAGAUCACACACAGGAACAACUCUGUUACCCAAACUGACUUGUGUCCUUUAUUUGAUUUUAGUCAGUUUAGUCUGAACCCACUGGUUCUAGGCUGGCAUUUCAGGAUUUGACUGAUGUGUUUUACAGGCAGACAAAAAUACAUAUUCGUGUAUCUGUAAGUCCCUAUGUGUUAGUGAUGGGAAUUCCGGCUCUUCGAAGGGAGCCGGAUCUUAUGGCUCCGUUUCUUUCCGAGAGCCGGCUCUUUGGGCUCCCAAACCGCUCUUCAUUUAGUACCACUGCUGCUGGUGGCUGUCUCAGUUACAUUCUUAUUUGUUGCAAGAAAUAAAUAUGGAAGAUUCUUCAUCUGCAAUACAAUUAAAUAUUGUGUCAUAUUGAUGGUUAAAAAGUGGGAAAUGUCAAGAAUAACUAUCCUAGUUAUGUAACA